UCCAUUAAAAUGCCUAAUCUCCAUAAUUUUGGCGCAGGACCGGCGAAACUUCCCGAAGAGGUUUAUGACGUAUUGGCGAAGGAGUUGAGGGACUUUGAGAGCUCAGGGUUGAGUUUGCUGGAGACAAGUCACCGCUCUGCCGUGUUCGAGAAAUUCAAUACCCAAGUUCAGGAUACUGUACGAGAGCUGCUGGAAGUCCCGUCAAACUACAAGAUACUGUUCCUACAAGGCGGAGGGCAGGGCCUCUUCGCGGGGGUUCCCCUCAAUCUCAUGUCACGAACCGGCACAGCUGACUAUGUUGUUACAGGUAUUUGGUCCAAAGUAGCAGCUAAGGAGGCAAGUAAAUAUGGUAAAGUGAACUAUGUUUUGCCUGAGCAAGAAGUCUAUGUGGGUAUACCCGAUGAGGCCACUUGGAAGUUAGAUCCCAACGCGUCCUAUGUGCAUAUCUGUGCCAACGAUACUAUACACGGCAUUGAAUUCAACUUUAUACCGGAUACAAAAGGAGUCCAUCUAGUAGCGGACAUGUCUUCGAACAUUAUGACCAGAAAAUUUGAUGUUAGUAAUUUUGGAGUAAUCUAUGCCUGUGCUCAGAAGAACAUGGGUACUGCAGGAGUAACCCUGGUCAUAGUAAGAGAAGAUCUACUUGGUCAUGCGCUACCGAUCUGUCCUUCCGUAUUUGAUUGGACUUUGAUGGCUAAAAACAACUCCAUACUGAACACGCCGCCUGUGAAUGCCAUUCAAAUAAUGGGUCGUAUCCUCCAACUUUAUGUUCAGCAAGGAGGUCUAACCAAAAUGGCGGAACUGAUGACUAAAAAGUCCUCCAUGGUGUACUCAGUGAUAGACCAAUCCAAUGACUUUUACUUUUCGACUACUGCUAGAAAAGAUAGAAGUGUAGUGAACAUCCCAUUUCGAAUUGGCACACCAGUUUCUGAAGAACUGGAGAAGAAAUUUCUCCAGGGCGCUGAAGCUUUGGGAAUGGUGCAGCUUAAUGGACAUAAACUGGUCGGUGGAAUUCGUGUGUCGCUGUAUAACUCUGUGACAAUGCAAGAUGUGGAAGUGCUUGUUAUUUAUAUGAAAGAAUUCUACGAGAAACACAGAUAAGAAUUUUGUGUGUAUUUGUGUGCAAAAAUUUAGAUAAAAUAUAAGAAUAAAGAAAGAAAAGUGUGCAAAU